AUGGCUACAGGCAGUACCAGUGCACAAUUGCAGCAGGUUCUCAGUACCACUGCAGCAGCCACCAGAUUGCAGCAGGCUGCCAGUACCACUGUAGCAGCCACUAGAUUGCAGCAGGCUGCUAGUACCAUGGCAGCAGGUAGUACACAGCAGGAUGCAGAAGGUUUCGUGGCUAUUACAAGGAAAGCUUCACCACAUAAGGUUCCUCAACAACAGUCUGUACCUGCUAAGGUCCCUAUGACUAAUAUGUUUGACGCAUUGGUUGAGGGGAAUUCCAAAGAAAAGAUGGAACAUGGUAUGGCUCAGGGAACUCUUGAGAUAAGUGCAGGGCAUGCUCUAGCAGGGGUUUCUUCCCCUAAGGGUUUAUGUCCGGAUUGGAAUUUUGUCUCGAACCAUACUCAUCACUAUAAUGGUAUAAUAAUUCUUGCCUGGAAUCCACAUGUUUUCUCGGUUAAUUUGUUGCUUGUUUCUGAUCAACUUAUUCAUACUGAGAUUUUGGUUAAUGCCACUAAAGCUAAGUUCCUUGCUACGUUUGUCUAUGUUCAUAAUGAUACUAAAAACAGGGAACAUUUGUGGAGUAUGCUGUGUAACAUUUCGGCUCGCAUCUCCUUACCUUGGUGUGUUGGUGGUGAUUUCAAUGCGAUUAUGAAUUAUGAUGAUCGUGUUGGAUCCGCUGUCCGAGAUAAGGAAAUUAUCCCUAUGUCUCAUUGUAUGCAGGUGUGUGAGCUCCAUACUGUUAAGAGUGUGGGUAGAUAUUACACGUGGAACAACAAGCAGGAUGGAUGUCACAGGUUUCUAGACACUGUGCAGCAAGCUUGGGAUUGCAAUUUUGCAGGGACUCGAAUGUAUAAGAUAAUCAGGAAAUUGAGAUAUUUGAAGCCCCUACUUAAAGCAAUGGAUGGUAGGACUGAAUUUCACCUUGCCGUGGCAUACAAAGAAGCUAAAGAGGCUUUGUUUAAAGCUCAGGAAGCAAUGCACCUGUUUCCCAUGGAUCACAGCAAAGCUCAGAUGGAAAAGGAGGCGGCUGAUACGUUACUGAAAAUAAAAAAGGACUACCAGCUUGUUCUAAACCAGAAGGCUAAGAUCCACUGGCUCAGAGAUGGGGAUGAAAAUACAAAGUUGUUUCACAGUUACAUCAAAGGCAGACGGAAGAGUAACCUCAUUUUGGCACUCUCAGAUAUGCACGGUCAGUGGGUGGAUACCCCUCAACUUAUCACUCGUAGUUUCAUUGAUUUCUACAAUCAUUUGUUGGGUACCUCGAUUGACAGAACAGAAGUGUUUGAUCAUAUAAUCAAACAAGGGAACUGCUUGGAGCAUAAUUUGCAUGUUUUGCUUGACUUCCAUUUUACCCAAGAGGACAUCAAAAAAGCAAUUUUCUCAAUCAACAAAACUAAAGCUCCAGGCUUUGACGGUUUUAACAGUGCAUUUUUCCAGCAUGCCUGGGAGAUUUUUGGUACAGAGGUUUCAGAGGCUAUUCAGGAUGUGUUUAGAACGCAGAAACUACUCAAGCAAAUCAAUGUAACUGCAGUUACUCUUAUUCCUAAGGACUUGGUCAAGUUAUAUAGGCCGAGUCAAACACAAAGAGGGUGCCUUAUGAAGCUAGACAUCUCAAAGGCCUAUGAUACGGUAGAGUGGAGCUUUGUUAAGGACAUGCUUCUGCAUCUACAGUUUCCUGCUCAUUUUGUUAAGAUGAUGAUGACUUGUAUUAAGUCUCCUACUUAUUCCUUGAUCAUUAAUGGUACUCCUAGCCCUCUUAUUUUUCCUAAAAGAGGACUCAGACAAGGUGAUCCACUAUCUCCCCUACUAUUUACACUCUGUAUGGAAUAUGGUACUAGGAUUCUCCAACAGGUGGCUACACUUCCUGGAUUUCAAUUCCAUCCUAGAUGUAAAUCUCUCCGAUUGAACAACUUGUGUUUUGCAGAUUAUAUGUUACUAUUUUGUAGUGGUGACAUAGAUUCCAUUUCUAUGAUGCUAAGUGGUCUCAAACUCUUCUCUGAGACUACAGGACUACAGGUAAGUGCUGCAAAGUCUGAGAUCUUCCUAGCAGGUAUGUCCCCACAGGAGCAUGAGAUCAUUAAGAAUGUAUCGGGAUAUAAAAUUGGUAAGCUCCCUUUCACUUACCUAGGUAUACCCAUGGACACUAAAAGAAUAACUCCUGCGGAUUGUGACAUUCUUAUUGAUAAAAUGUGCAAGAGGAUCAAAGUUUGGAGCUCUCGUAACCUCUCUUAUAGUGGCAAACUACAAUUAAUUAAUUUUGUGCUCCUUUCGGUAUGUACCUAUUGGACUCAAGGUUUUAUUUUGCCAGUUUCAGUCACUAACAAAAUCAACAGCAUCUGUCAACAAUUCCUAUGGCAUGGAGUUAGUCAAGGCACAAAGCAUGGCAAUAUUGCAUGGGAAAAUCUGUGUAAGACAAAGAAAGGUGGAGGCCUAAGCAUUAGGAACUUGGGGCUAUGGAACAAAGUUGCUAUAGGAAAACAUAUUUGGUCUAUUUGCCACAAGAAAGAAAACUUAUGGGUCAAAUGGGUUCAUGCGGUUUAUAUCAAGGACCAACUAUGGGAGGAUCACAGGCCUCCUGUCACAACAAGUUGGAUUUGGAGAGAUCUAUGCAAGCUAAGAGAUGACAUUAUAGGCCUAGUACAACAGCAGUCCAGCACGGCUUACAGCAUCAGAGGACUAUACAAGGACCUGCUACCUCCAGAACUUAGUAUCCCUUGGUGCAGGACGGUCUGGUGUAGACACUCAAUUCCUAAGCACCGUUUUAUCACCUGGCUCACCAUGAAAAACAGAUUGCAAACUCGAGACAGAUUGCUAAAACAUAACCUGAUUGUAGAUGCUACCUGUGUUUUAUGUAACAAUGACAUAGAAACUCAUGAUCACUUGUUCUUUUAUUGCUCUUGUAGUUUUGUGAUUUUGCAGCAAGUUAUGCAGUGGCUGGGAUGUGAUUUUACAACCAAGUCAUUGCAAACCAUUCUUUACAGGUGUGGUAAUAUCAAAGGCAACAAGAUGAAGAAGCGUGCUUUGUUGUGCAGUAUAGCAGCAACAAUUUACGGAGUGUAG